UUUGGAAACUUCCCAGUUCAAAUGGGUUCGGGGUGCCUGGGAGCGGAGACCGGAGGGACAGGUCGCAGUAGAUCUACAAGACGCAGCGGGGCAGGUGCGGGACCUGGCGGGGUCUCUCCUGAGGGCAGACAGGGCCUAGGCAUCCCUGCGCCUCAACGCUCGGGCCUGCAGGUGGCGAGCGGCGGGCGCGCGCAGGGGGGACUUUCGGGGGCGCGCGCUGGCCGAGCGGAGGCGCGCGGCACUGCCAGGCCUGCGCGCCAGGUUGCGGGAGCCAUGCGUCGGGCUCGGAGUGCUGCGGCCAGCAAGCCGCGCGGGCAGAAGCGGUCGAGUGCCUCUGGCGCUCCGGUGGCUGCUGCCUCGACUCCCUGCGACACCCGCGCCCGACGCUCCGCGAGCAAGACCGGGAGUAGGAGCCAGGCGGCAAGCAGGCAGCCUUCGGCGAAGAGGCGGCCGAAGCUGUCGCCCCCGCGGGCCCAGGAGGCGGGUCCCGAGGAGCCGCCGGCGGCGGAGUUGGCGCUGCUGCCACCGCCGCCGCCACCGACUCCGGCGACCCCAACGUCCUCGGUGUCCAUGCUGGACCUGGGCGAGCAGCGGGAGCGCUGGGAGACGUUCCAGAAGCGGCAGAGGCUCAGCUUCGAGGGCGCCGCCAAGCUCCUGCUGGACACCUUUGAAUACCAGGGCCUGGUGAAGCACAUGGGAGGCUGCCACUGUGGAGCAGUUCGUUUUGAAGUUUGGGCCUCAGCAGAUUUACACAUCUUUGACUGCAACUGCAGCAUUUGCAAGAAGAAGCAGAAUAAACACUUCAUUGUUCCAGCUUCUCGAUUCAAGCUCCUGAAGGGAGCUGAGAGCAUAACCACUUAUACAUUCAAUACGCACAAAGCCCAGCAUACCUUCUGUAAGAGAUGUGGUGUUCAGAGCUUCUAUACCCCCCGCUCCAACCCCGGAGGCUUUGGAAUUGCCCCACAUUGCCUGGAUGAAGGCACCGUGCGGAGUGUGAUCACUGAGGAAUUCAACGGCAGCGAUUGGGAGAAGGCCAUGAAGGAGCACAAGACCAUCAAGAACAUGUCUAAAGAGUGAGCUCCUGCUUCUCCCUUCCUGAAAAGGAGGAAUGAGUGGGGCCAGCCCCUCUAUGGUCUGUAUAGCAUCUUGGUGGUGCCUUUGGUGUAGCUGACCAGGUUGCUGGUGCUGCUGGCCAGCAGCUGCCUUGGUCUGUGUGAGUUUGCUCCAGCUACCAGUUUCUUUAGGCAGCUCUUUGUCCUUCCUCAGCCCAGAAUUUGAUGUAGGCUAGUUCACCCUCUUCCUUCUUUUCCCCAACUUUUGUGUGAUCUUUUAGAAAAUAAAUAUUUUUAACAUUAA